UCAAUCGAACUCAGAAGGUUUGAUCCCUCGGAAGCAGACAUGGCGGACAAGGAUCCGUUCAGGCAGCUGAAAGAUCUAUCUCUGCUGAAAGACCAGCUCGAGGACAUUCAGCGGCGCGUGGAGGGUGAAGUUGGUGUUGGCAUCCCACAGGGUGGAAGUGUGCUCAGUUCUCCCUUCCUCAAGGGCUUUCUGGCUGGUUAUGUGGUGGCAAAGCUCCGUUCCUCUGCCAUCCUGGGAGUUCUCAUAGGGACCUGCACAGGCAUCUACGCCGCUCAGAGCUAUCAAGUGCCUAACAUCGAGAACACCAUUAAAAACUACUUCAGCUCAUUUAAGAAGAGAUAAAAACGGCCUCAUUCAGACACGUCAACAUGUACCUCCUCAACUGAAGGUGCCAAACAUCACACCACAUACAGUAACUGGAUGUUUUUUAAAUCAAACAGAAUAAUUGGGUUGCUCAGGUUAGUUUAGGUUAUUUUCUAUUUAAACUUAGCUGCUUGUUCUUGAAUACCUGUAUUCCUUAUGAUGGUACAAAUGGCCAAAGCUUUGAAUCUGUUGUCAUUAUCGCUUCUUCCAGUGUCAGUGCAUGCAACUUCUGUCUGUUACAUGAAUAUUUUUUCGCCAAUUAUGUUUUUUUAUAAAUACAUAAAUAGCUCUGCUCUAAAAAGAGGAGAACAAUCAGGCACAGCAGACUCUGUAAAUAAUGUCCAACAUGGAACAAUUUGUGUGUGUACCUGUCAAAUGUCAGAGGUUGCUGGAGUUGAGUUGCUGAAAUUAUUUGAUUUUAUAUAGUUGUUGAAUAAAUGGAUGUUGCACUUUACCAAA